ACAGCACGAACCGGAGUAAGUAACAAUCUAACAAUAAGUGCGUGUGGAUUGUAGCCAUGACCCAUGAUCAGUCGAGACCGCAUCAGCGCCCUGCUCUCGAGAAACUGUAACGUAACAACAUAAAACAGCUGCAUUCCCCCCGCGGGACACUUGGUCAAAACGUCGUCGACGAUAGAGAAUAGAGACCCGACUUACACGUAUAGGCAUAAUAAACCCAUAACCCCAAAAAGGAGGGCCAACUGGCCAAGCAGUCAGCAGUGUUAGCAGAUUACAGCGUUACAGCUGCAGCCUGUAGCGCGCUAGCGCAGCACUCUGCACUCUGCACUCUGCAGGAUCGACGACGGCUACACCAUGUUAGGUUAGAAUACACGAGUACGAACACGGCUCAUACUUACUGCAGAAAUAGGCAUAGGUACAUACAUACAUCUAGAAAAGGCCCACCGUAAGAGAGGAGCUGUGUGAAAAACACACAGAGCAAGAGAAAAGCGGAAGCAACGUCCUCGCGAAUCUCGUCAUGGCAGCGAUCAAGAGCUUCGGCAGGGACAUCCCGUAUCUGCGCCAGCAGUUCGCCGCUCUACUGGGCAACACCAGCACCAGCGUCAAAUUCAUCUGCAUCGUCGUGCUCUUUUCCUACGGGCUCUCUUUCUCCGAGAACGCGGUUCUCGUGCUCAGCGUAACCCCGGGCUACCUGCUGCCCCCGGCCUUCUGGAUCUGGACGGCCUUCACCUUCUGCUUCCUCGAGAUUCACUUCUGGGAGGUGGUCGUGGAUGUGGUUACAGUUGGACUCUGCGGCAAGCUCAUUGAGCCACUGUGGGGGGCAAUGGAGAUGAUGACCUUCUUUGCUAUCGUUAACUUUGGAGUAGCCGUACUCUCCUCUAUGUUUUACCUGGUGCUGUAUUUUUGCACUGGAGAUACUGACCUACUCUUUGACAUACAUAUCCACGGACUAACAGGAUACAUCGCAGGUGUCACUGUUGCAGUUAAGCAAAUCAUGCCGGAUCAUAUCUUGAUCAAAACACCAAUAGGUAAAAUAACUAAUCGAAAUAUACCUUUGAUGGUGUGGAUAGGAUAUUUAUUGCUUUGGCUUUGCCGAUUAUUGGAGGGCACACAUCCAACAAUGUUCUUGAGUGGCUUGUUAAUAUCCUGGAUGUACCUUAGAUUUUAUCAGAGGCAUAAUAAUGGCUCCAAGGGUGAUAUGGCUGACAAUUUUACAUUUGCAAGCUUCUUUCCAAAUGUGUUGCAACCUCCGAUUGCACUAGUUGGUAACACAAUUCAUGGCUUUCUCGUAAGAAUUGGUCUCUGCAGAAAAGUUGUACGCAGAUUUGACAUGUCUAAUGCGCCACCUGGAUUAGUCAUCAAUUUACCUGGAAUUGAUCCCCAUGACAGCGAACGACGCAGACAAAUUGCUUUAAAAGCCCUCAGUGAAAGGUUAAGUAAGGACCACGCUAAACCCUGGCAACAAGAUAGAAGUAAAAAGCACUCGCCCGUGACCUCUGCCGUAUCCGUUCAAAUUCCGGAACCCGCGAUACCGAAACCUCUGCCCUCGCCCCUCAUACCGCAGAUCAGCGUUAACAUUCACAAUCAUCCGUCGACAAGUAACAGCACGUGAUCCGCAGCCCAAGACUCGUCGACGAAUCCCGACGAGUCUUGCGUCCAAGAAUAAAAGUGCGUGAACGAUCAGAACGACAGAGAGCUUUUUACGAAUAUGAAAAAGAGGAAAGCGUUCCUAAGCGAGCUAAUCAUAAUCAUGGCAAUAUUCGAUAAGACGACCGAGUUUUGCGACUUUUAUAAUAUGUUCUUCCUUGAAAAAUGGUCAUUUAUUUUUUAUUUUUUGUUAAAAAAAGUACCGGGAGCAUUAGGUUCAAAGCGACGACUUAUUGAAUAUCAUGCCAUAUUAUAUUGAAUCCCCAACUGCGUUUGUCAAGUUAACUGUGUGUAGAGAGAAAGAGCUAGUGUAAUUUUCUUGUUGUAUUUAUGAAUAAUGGUUAUUGGUUUCCACUGCAAGAUUUACAAAGUUUAAAAUGUGUAAUGAAACUGUCGUAAGUUGAUUCUAUUUUUAUUUUUAUUUUAAAUAUAUUAUAUAUAUAUAUAUAUAUAUAUAUAUAUAUGUAUAUGUAUAUAUAUAUAAAUUAAAAGCAUUAAUAUAUGCUUUGCUCAAGAUACUUCAGAUAAACUUCAUUCAGAGGCUGUGCAUUAGUCUCAUUAUUUGUAAAAACAAAGCUGUACAAACUCAUAACGAAUGCAACUAUUGAAAAAAAGUGUGAAGUGUAUGAAAAAAUCAGAGUUAUUGAUGUUUUGAUAUUACAUUUGUUUUAUAAAAGUUCAAAAUUAGGCCAAAAUCAAUUUCAAAUACAUACAUAAUAUUUUUAGAUUGAAUUUAAAUAUAAUUUUGAGUAUGUUUUAACAUAAUCAAGGCAUCAAUAAAAUUUGAUUUCUCAAGAGAUUUACUUGAGCAUGUUGGAACAGAUAGUAUCAGUAAAUUGAAAGGGCAAUCUGUUAUGGCUUGCAACUCAUUCGCGUGUUUUUAAUACGUUGUACAAAAUUGUUCAAUUGUGCGAGUAAUAAUGCUACAAUAUAUACAUAUAUAAAGAUAGAUUUUAAAAGUUAAGGGUUUAUGCAUAUAAUUUAGACGAAAAUACUUUAUUCGCAGUUAAACGAUUGAGAUAGUUUAUAUAUUAUACAUAUUAAAACCAAAAAAGCUUGGAAGAAAUCAUGAUAUAAAUAAAUAAAUAAAUAUAUAUAUAUAUUUAAAAUAUAAAAGAAUGAUGAAAAAAUUAACAAUUUUUAUGCACUGUACAAAUUUCCUUGAUGAAAAGUAUUGUGUAUAUACUUUAUCGGUUUGAUCUUGAGUAUAGUUUAUGUACAUACAUCCUAUCAUUUUCUUGGUUUAUUUAUUUAAAUCAACGAAUCGAUUUUGAACAUUGCAAGUAAUACUUAAUUCCAAUGAAUCUCGUGUGUUAUAAAAUUGUAUUACGAUCAGGAUAUUAGAUAUAAAUAUAAUUUUAAAUUUUAUGCACGAAUGAGUUGCAAGCACAUGAAUACGCGCUGUCAUGGGAUCAACAGUAUAGUGACUGAAAGUUGCUAACGUGUGUAUGCAGUGUGUGCGUGUGUGUACAAAGCUAAACGAUAAAUUACAAGUAGGAUAAUAAUAAACUACGAAUUCAAACUAAGAGAAUACCUAUUUUCAUGUGUAAUGUAUGAUGCGAUCAAGAAAUUCUUGAAAUAUUUAAAUGUACAUUCGUUUAUGUAGACCGUCUUGGCUUCGUACUUUGAGCAACGCCAUUACUUUAUUGUCAAUUAACAACGUAAAAGACAAUAAGACGAAAAACUAUCGAAAAUAUAAUCAGCAUUUAUACCACAAGAUAUUAAUUUUUGUAACCGGCUGUCGCCUUAGCUUAUACAGCUCUGCGACGUAAAUCAUUGUUGCGUUGAAAUUUACGAAAUCGAAAUCGAUCAAUACCGAUCAAAAUUAACUUUGUUAAAAAUGAUAUAUCCUAGUAAUAAAAAUUAGCCACUAUUAUUACUGUAUUAAUGACGCUAAUAAUAAUACUUUUGUACAUAUGUGAUGGUCCAUGCAAUUUGAAUUAUAAUAGAAAAUUUAA